AUGGAGGAAGAAGAUAGGAUUGAAGAAGGAAGCAGCAACAACAGCUUGAGGCGUGUUGGUACCGGAAGCAGCAGCGACAGGAGAUGGGUCGACGGAAGCGAGGUGAACUCUGAAACGCCGCCGUUUUUCGAAACCAGAGAUGGAGGAGAUUAUAGUUUUGGGAAUUUGAGGAGGAGACUGGUGAAAAAGCCCAAAAGAGCUGAUUCUCUUGAUGUUGAAGCCAUGGAAAUUGCAGGUGCUCAUGGUCACAGUCUAAAGGAUUUGUCACUUUUGGGUACUAUUGGGAUAGCGUUUCAGACGUUAGGUGUUGUCUAUGGUGACAUGGGAACAAGCCCUUUGUAUGUGUUCAGUGAUGUCUUCAGUAAAGUUCCAAUAAGAUCAGAAGUUGAUGUUCUUGGUGCCUUGUCUCUCGUCAUCUACACUAUUGCUGUGAUUCCUUUAGCAAAGUAUGUCUUUGUAGUCCUUAAAGCCAACGACAAUGGCGAAGGAGGAACAUUUGCUUUGUAUUCAUUGAUUUGUAGGUAUGCAAAGGUGAAUAAGCUGCCAAAUCAACAGCCUGCAGACGAAAUGAUCUCUAGUUUUAGGCUUAAACUCCCAACUCCUGAGCUGGAACGAGCUCUGGGGAUUAAAGAAGCUUUGGAGACAAAAGGGUAUUUGAAAACUCUUCUUCUGCUUUUAGUGCUAAUGGGAACUUCCAUGAUUAUUGGCGAUGGAAUUCUGACACCAGCAAUGUCAGUGAUGUCUGCAAUGAGUGGUUUACAAGGUCAAGUUGAAGGAUUUGGAACAAAUGCAUUGGUUUCGUCUUCGAUUGUGAUUCUUGUGGCAUUGUUCAGCAUACAACGGUUUGGGACUGGUAAAGUUGGUUUUCUCUUUGCUCCGGUUCUCGCGCUUUGGUUCUUCUCUCUCGGUGCUAUUGGAAUCUAUAAUCUGCUGAAGUACGACAUCACUGUAAUUAGAGCACUAAACCCUUACUAUAUCGUUCUGUUCUUCAACAAGAAUAGCAAACAGGCUUGGUCUGCUCUUGGUGGAUGCGUCUUAUGCAUUACAGGAGCUGAAGCAAUGUUUGCAGAUUUGGGACAUUUCUCAGUUCGUUCUAUACAGAUGGCAUUCACAUGCGUGGUGUUCCCAUGCCUUCUCUUAGCUUACAUGGGUCAAGCUGCUUAUCUAACAAAGCAUCCUCAUGCCUCAGCUCGUAUAUUCUAUGAUUCAGUUCCAGAGAGUUUGUUCUGGCCUGUGUUUGUGAUUGCUACAUUAGCAGCGAUGAUAGCAAGCCAAGCUAUGAUCUCUGCGACUUUCUCAUGCGUCAAACAAGCCAUGGCUCUAGGUUGCUUCCCAAGGCUGAAGAUAAUCCACACUUCUAAGAAACGGAUGGGUCAAAUCUACAUUCCGGUCAUCAAUUGGUUCUUGAUGAUCAUGUGCAUACUUGUCGUCUCCAUCUUCAGAAGCACAACUCACAUCGCCAAUGCUUAUGGGAUAGCUGAGGUAGGUGUGAUGAUGGUGAGCACAGUCUUGGUAACACUAGUGAUGCUUCUCAUUUGGCAAACCAAUCUGUUUCUCGCUCUCUGUUUCCCUCUUGUGUUCGGAUCCGUUGAGACCAUUUACUUGCUUGCGGUUCUCACAAAGAUCUUGGAAGGCGGUUGGGUUCCUCUAGUGUUCGCCACUUUCUUCCUCACCAUAAUGUACGUUUGGAACUACGGAAGCGUGCUCAAGUACCAAAGCGAGGUCAGGGAAAGAAUCUCCAUGGAAUUUAUGCGAGAGCUCGGCUCAACUCUUGGAACUAUUCGAAUCCCUGGGAUUGGUCUCCUCUACAAUGAGCUUGUUCAAGGCAUACCUUCCAUUUUUGGACAGUUCUUGCUCACUCUUCCCGCGAUUCACUCGACUAUCAUCUUCGUCUGCAUCAAGUACGUCCCUGUCCCUGUCGUUCCUCAAGAAGAGAGGUUCCUCUUCAGAAGGGUUUGUCCUAAGGACUACCAUAUGUUCAGGUGCAUUGCGAGGUAUGGUUACAAAGAUGUCAGGAAAGAAGACUCUAGAGUCUUUGAACAGCUUCUUAUUGAAAGCUUAGAGAAGUUCUUGAGGUGUGAAGCGAUUGAGGACGCUUUAGAGAGCACUAUGAAUGAUUUUGAUCCUGAUAGGGUUUCGGUUGUAAGUGAUACUUACACUGACGACCUCACUGUUCCUCUCAUUCGCCGAGGAAAGCGGUCUGAGCCAGAGCCAGAGCAAGAGGUGGUGGUGGAUGCAGAGUUUUUGCCGUCUUCAAGCGUAGGGUCAAUGGAGGAAGAUCCAGCUCUUGAAUAUGAGCUUGCGGCUUUGAGAGAAGCUACGGAUUCAGGGCUAACGUAUUUGCUAGCUCAUGGAGAUGUGAGGGCGAAGAAGAAUUCGAUAUUUGUGAAGAAGCUUGUGAUUAAUUACUUCUAUGCGUUUUUGAGGAGGAAUUGCAGAGCUGGUGCUGCGAAUUUGACUGUUCCUCAUAUGAACAUCCUGCAAGCUGGGAUGACUUAUAUGGUCUAA